UGAUGAUUGGCUCCAUCAGUUGCCACCGCCGUUGCCGCGUACGCUCAUAUCUGGUUCACGUGACGUCACAAGUGGAAUUAAACAGGCUUUAUUUGGUUGUAAUCCCUCGUAGCAAUCGGCAGAGCGAGUAAAAUGUACCAAAGACGGGAGAGCUAAAUCCUAUUGGAUUAGUACAAGCCCAUCCCUACAUCUAACCCAACCGUGCCCCUCCUUUUUGUUUUUUGUUUUUUUCAUAAUCGACAUUUGGUGGCUCAAUCAUGCACCCUGUCAUAGCGUAAAGUUGCGUAGGCUGUGUACUCUGUUUAUGUGCGGUGUUCUCUUUCCAAGCCAGCAAAACCGGAGAUUAAUUAUUCAAGGACAUAUCAGCUGGAGGGGGAGGCAUCUGAUAGCACGGACAUACAAUAUUACAACCAGAUAUCGGGUGAAACAGUCGACCCCUGCUUUGCCUUCUUUUCUGCUUGUUCCUUAACUACCUCUCUCUGUUGCAUUUUUGAUGCUAUUGAACACAAGGACUUGAACAAGAAGUGCCACAAGUGGAGUACUCAUUUUGUGUGGUAUAUACUCGGUUUUCUCAGCUUUUUUUCUCCAAUGCUUGUCACCAACAAACAGUUAAAUCUCGGUCGCUCCCACAGUUGGGACACUUUAGGUGGGAAUGAGGGUCAGUGGGACAGGACUGACAGUGUCUAUGAGCAGCAGGCAAGAGUAGCCGGCCGGAGGAGCUCUCUGUCAUACGGAGAGGGAGGAGAGGGCUGGUACGAGCCUCCAGCAGGGGUGCGUCCUCCUGACCUGAAUUUGAAACGGGAGCCAUAUUCCUACCAAGACUACGGACAAGUUUACGCAGGGGGUCUGAGGAAGGGUUCUGUGCCAGACCUGAACCACUACGAACGAGCAGCGAUGGCUCACAGAGGAUCCAUUCCACAUCAGGAUUACUACCCACAUGAUCCAGCCAUGACUCCUCGACCACCAGAGGGCUUUUACCGGCCAGAGCACCAGGCUCUACCGCCUCACCCUCAUCCCCUCAGUCGGUCAGGCUCCCAUUUUGGGCUAACUCCCGGGACUCGUCCUGCUUGGGAUCAAGGUCAGGGCGGGAGAGGAGGACCUCAAGCCCCCCAGUCGCCUUUACCUCCUCCUCCGUCUACUCCGACUGCUCACGAGCUGAAUCGGGCCUACAGAGAACCUGGUGCUUCCAAAAUGAUGCCUGACGGUCAACAGCGCAUACCUUCUCGGGAACCAUCUCCUGCCCACUACAACAUGGAGCAUGCAUCUCCUCGAUAUGCAAGUGAGCCCCCACCUUUGGCCGGUCAGUCGGUCUAUACAGAUGUCAACGGACGACCGCUGGAUCAGCAGCAGCAGGCUGCUACCUGCCUUGUGGUGGAUCCCUCCAGUCAGGGUAUGUUAAUGAGGCAGGAGACAGCCUCACCCUUUACUGUUCAGCAGCAGCAGCAAUUACAGCAGCAGCAACAACUGCAACAGCAACAACUGCAGCAGCAACAACUGCAACAACAGCAACUGCAACAGCAGCAAUUGCAGCAACAACAAAUACAGCAGCAGCAAUUUCAGCAACAGCAGCUUCAGCAGCAACAAAUGCAACAACAGCAGCUUCAGCAGGAGCAGCUUCAGCAACACCUGCAGCAGCAGCAGUGUUUGCCUCCUCCGAACACCAUCCCAAUCUCUGAUCCUAAACUUCCUGUGGCAGCUCCACUUCCUCCAUCUCCCGCCCCAGUGCAGACUGCCACGAUUGCCCCAAUUGCACCAGCUACUGUGCAAGCAGUGCCAACUCCGGCCCCUCCAGUUGCUCAACCACCUGCUCCCCUUCCCGCCCCUCCACCUGCUGCCCCACAAACACCUUUGCCCGUGGAUACCAAGAAGACAGUGGAUCCCGAGUUUCUUGCCCUGCUGCGAAAUGAAGGCAUCUCUGAGAGCACCAUCUCCUCGCUCAUCCAGCAGGGAUUUGACUCCACUAGCAUGCUGGCUGUCAUGGAGGAGAAUGAUGUCCGCACAGUGGCACCCAACCUUGGGCAGGCACGUGUGCUCUCUCGCCUGGUCCACAGCUGUAAGCGGCCGGCUGAAGCUCCCCCAGCGCCCUCUCAGCCUCAGACCCCCAUGCGAGGGCGUUCUAAUAGUUUCAGCCACCGCUCAGAUGUCUAUCAACACCACCACCAGCAUCCACAUCCUUCACAGGCUUUGAAUAUUGACCCUCAACUGAUGCCGCCACAGACACCGGGUGCCAUGCACACCAUCUCACCAAGGAUAGGAGAGGUAAUAGGCAGAAGGCCAAGCAGUGCACCCUCUCAGCAGCUCCUGGAAGCUUUCCCAGGCCAACCACCUCGCUCCCCAGGCCCAUAUGUGGGAGCCAUGAUGCCCGUUCAAUCGAGACCAAUGUCUGCAUAUUCCUCUGGGGUGACCAUGCCAGGGUUGCCUAUGCAGGGUAUGCAGAUCAUGCCACAGCAGAUGACUGGAUCAAUGCCUGCAAUACCAGGUUCCAUUCACUCCAUGCCAGGAAUGCCACAGCAGAUGCCCGUCUCCAUGCCAGCAUUACCUCAACCGCCACAGCAGGUACCCAAAGCAUACUCUACCAAUUACACAGUACCCAUGGAGCUGAUGAAGAGGGACCGGAGCUUGCUGCCGUUGUCACCCAUGCACAGCCCUCACCCAAGUCCCCAGAUGAGUCGGAAGGUUGGUGUGUCUGCACCAGACAAUGCUCUCCCCGUGGGAGGCACCGCUCAAGGGCAAGGUGCUCUGGUUGCUAAUCAGAAGCUCAGUCGCCGCACCGGUCCACCAGUCAUCGUGUCCACUAUGGCAUCUCCUGACACAAGUAUCCGGCCUCAGAUAAUGAACGGGCCCAUGCACCCGCGCCCCCUGGUGGCGCUGCUGGACGGGCGUGACUGCACCGUGGAGAUGCCCAUCCUCAAGGACCUGGCCACCGUGGCCUUCUGCGACGCCCAGUCCACGCAGGAAAUACAUGAGAAGGUGCUGAACGAGGCCGUCGGCGCCAUGAUGUACCACACCAUCACGCUGACCAGAGAGGACCUGGAGAAGUUCAAGGCACUGCGCAUCAUCAUCCGCAUCGGCAGCGGCUACGACAACAUCGACAUCAAGGCGGCCGGCGAGCUCGGCAUCGCCGUGUGCAACAUUCCCUCAGCGGCCGUGGAGGAGACGGCAGACUCGACGCUUUGUCACAUUCUAAACCUGUACAGGAGGAACACCUGGCUCUACCAGGCCCUCCGCGAAGGCACGCGGGUCCAGAGUGUGGAGCAGAUCCGAGAGGUGGCGUCCGGAGCGGCCAGGAUCCGAGGAGAGACGCUCGGCCUCAUCGGGUUUGGUCGCGCCGGCCAGGCGGUGGCAAUGCGGGCCAAGGCGUUCGGCUUCAACGUGAUCUUCUACGACCCUUACCUCCAGGACGGCCUGGAGCGCUCGCUGGGGGUCCAGCGGGUCUACACGCUGCAGGACCUCCUGUACCAGAGCGACUGCGUGUCUCUGCACUGCAACCUGAACGAACACAACCACCACCUCAUCAACGACUUCACCAUCAAGCAGAUGCGUCAAGGAGCGUUCCUGGUCAACGCGGCGCGAGGAGGCCUGGUGGACGAGAAAGCCUUGGCACAGGCCCUCAAAGAAGGGAGGAUACGUGGAGCUGCUUUGGACGUCCACGAGACAGAACCCUUCAGCUUCUCUCAAGGCCCUCUAAAGGACGCCCCCAACUUGAUCUGCACGCCGCACACCGCCUGGUACAGCGAGCAGGCGUCGCUGGAGAUGCGGGAGGCCGCCGCCACAGAAAUACGCAGAGCUAUCACAGGCCGCAUCCCCGACAGUCUCCGAAACUGCGUGAACAAAGAGUUCUUCAUCACCUCGGCACCUUGGGGAGUGAUGGAGCAGCCUCAGCCUCACCCUGAGAUCAAUGGCGCCGCCUACAGGUUCCCUCCCGGCGUGCUGGGUGUCGCCCCCGGUGGGAUCCCCAGGCCUAUGGAGGGCUUGGUGCCCAGGGGAGUGCCAAUAGUCCACCCCCUGCCCCCAGGUAAUCACGCCCCCCAGGCCACCUCCCCCAACCAGCCCUCCAAGCACGGCGACCCCACCAGAGAGCACAUGAGCGAGCCUUGAGGACUGAGCAGCUCAGAAGCCCACCAGCAUGGACGCCUAACCCACUCCCCCCUGCUGGGCAACAUGUCGCCCUCUUGGGGACAAUGGAGGACACGCAGAUGAGACUGUGAAAUCCCUCCUUCCGUCCUGUCUUCUUGGACUGCUAGGAAAUUCUUUUAAGGCCUGCGAGGAGCCAUUUAACCCCCAGCCUCUUCCCUCUCUUCAUUGACAAACACGUCAAAGUGUCGUUUUUUUGUCGUCUUCUUUCUCAAUGUUGUGUUUCUGUUCUUUGCUAAUGUUAUGUGAGUUUUAGCUGCUGUGUCUCCCUCUAGUGGACGGAUGCAUCAAUACACUUAAUUCUUAGAGCAUAAUUCAAUUCAACCGAAAAGACCUGAAUUGUCGGAUACGAUACGUUACAUGUUCAAACCAGGUAAAAAAAAAACAAAACCUAAAUCUGUUCACAUCUGAAUAUACACCAAUCUGGAUUAUUUUGCCCACCAUUGUUUUUUUGUUGUCAAAUUGUGUUAACGUUCCAGGUUUUGAGUGCAGUUUGAUUGUUAAAUGUUCUCAUCAUCUCCUUGAAAUCCUAGCACUUUUUUUUUUUUUUUUAGCUUUUUGUGUUUCUCGUACAACAAGGUGAACAUACAGUAAAUACAGCACACAAGUACAGCUGAAAAAAAUAAAAAUAAAACAAGAUGCUGUCCUGAUUGAUAA